AUGGAUCGUCGAAAGACAUUUGCAGAACCAACCGCCUCCAACACUGGUAGUAAUAUAAAGGGUUUGCAGUUAUUUAUUGCUGAUUUAAGAGCAUCACAACAAUCAGAAGAUCAACUGAAGAGGAUUCAUUCCGAAAUUGUAAAGAUAAAACAACAUUUUAAUGCUUCUAAUAAGAAAAGUACAUCUAAUGGACAUAUACUGAAUAAUAAUAAAUUUGAUGGGUAUCAACGGAAAAAAUAUGUUGCCAAAUUGGCAUAUAUAUACAUUACAUCAAACACCACUAUGCUUAAUGAUAUUCUUUUCGGUUUGGAUGAAGUAAUCAAAUUAAUUAAAUCCAAUGUAUUUUCUGAAAAAUUUAUAGGAUAUAUGACGUUGGAACUUUUAUAUAGACAUAAAAUUGUUGUCGAAAGAGUUAAUGAUCAGGUUAUCACACAACUUAUAAAAGAUAUUUCAAGUUCUAAAGAUGAUUUUACAGAAUUAGGAUUAAAUUUUGUUGGUGUUACUGGGACUCUAACUAAAGAUCUUGCAUCGAAUCAAGACUUAGUAUCAGGAGUCUUUCAAAUAUUAAGGUCACCAACUUCAUCCUUGUAUUUGAAAAAGAAAUCGACAUUGGCAUUUUUAACCUUAUUAAAAAGUAAAAAUUCAAUUCUAGCAGAUGACAUUCAACGUAAACAAUUAUGGAUUCAAAGAAUUUUAAGUUUGUUGGAUGAUACAGAUAACUAUAGAUUAACUCUCACAACAUUACCCUUAGUCGAAUACAUUGCAAAAAACAUUGAUCCUUCAUUUUUUAUAAGGUUAAUUCCACAAUUAAGUGAUAUAUUAUACAAAUGUGUGGUAACAGGUGGAUCUAACAAUGGAAGAGGAUCAUUUCCAGAUGAAUAUAAAUUUGCAAAUAUGCCAAACCCGUGGUUAAUUACUAAAAUUGUAUCAUUAUUGAAUGUUCUUAUAAUAUCGCCAUCUGAAACAGAGGACAAUAAUGGUUUAUUUGAAUCAAGUUUACUGCAUACAGAUAAUAUUGAUCCAGAGACCUUGGGGCGACUAAGAAUGUGUGUUAUGGAAACUAUCAAUUUGGGUACAAGGAGAACUUCUGAUCCAAUGGAAAAGAUAGUUCAGAAUACAAUCCUUUUUUCCUUGAUAAAUUUUGCCUCUAAAUUAGAUCCAUCUCAUGAAGCUAUUGUUAAUUCAGCAACUGCUUUAUGUGAACUUUUGAAUUCAAAUGAUAUCAAUGUUCGUUACUUAACUUUGGAUUCCUUAAUUAGAUUGUGUUCUUUCAGUGGGAAGACAGCAUUUGAUAGUAUUCGUGGUAAAAAUUUAGACCUUAUUUUUCAUAUAUUGAAUAGUGAAAGAGAUUCUUCAAUUAUUAGAAAGGUUGUUGAUUUGUUAUACACUUUCGCAGAUAUCAAUAAUGUUAAGACUAUUGUUGAACAACUAUUAAGUUUCAUACUGACAUCUAAGCAUUUAUCGGACCCACAUCUUAAAUCUGAUAUUGCAAUUAAAGCUGCGAUCUUAACAGAAAAUUUUUCAACGGAUCCAAGUUGGUAUGUCAAUAUUUCGUUAAAGAUAUUAUCAUUGUCUGUCAAUACCUCUUCAAAGGAUGAAGAGAUCUGGAGAAGAUUAUGUCAAAUUGUUGUAAAUAACCCUCAACUGCAAACCUUGACGUGCCAGAAGCUGGUAGAAUAUCUUCGUUCUAAUCUGACCUCUGAAUAUAUUGUUAAAGUGGCUGCAUUUAUAAUAGGAGAAUACACAAAUUUGAUAGCAGAAAAAGUUCCAAUUGCUGACUUAUUUAAUAUGUUUACCGAAAAGUAUUUUACUGUUCAAAAUGGAACUAAAGCAAUGAUACUUACGACUAUGAUAAAAUUAUAUAGAUGUCAACCUGGUAUUGGUUCUGCAGUGAUCAAAUUUUAUCAAUUAGAAUUAAAUUCCUUAGAUAUUGAGUUACAAACACGUUCAUAUGAAUACCUUAAAUUAAUUCAAAUAUCUAAGAUGAAUCAAAAUCUACAUUUAUUAGAUACGUUGUUGCAACCAUUACCUCCAUUUAAUAAUAAAUCGAACCCACUACUAAAGAGAUUGGGUAGUCUGCCGAUCGCAUCAUCCUCAACAACAGCAUUAUCCUCAAGUCGUAGUAGAAGUUCAAGUAUGAUAUGGAAGAAUAACUCAAAUGAUGGAUCGGAUAAUAAUGAUGCAUUGCAGACAACUUCACAAGGAACAGAUGUAACUGCAGUCCCACGUCCUCCUCCAGCAAGAAAGACAAGAUCAUCUUCAACGUUUUCAGAAAUGUUAAACAGAAAUUCCACGUUAGACUCAAAGUAUAACGAACUCAAAUUAUCAAAUAAUUGGAGAGAAGGGUCAUCAAGAAUGUUUCAAUUUAGACAAGGUAUCUUAUUAUCUUCGCCAUUAUUAAAGGUUUUGUAUAAAAUUGUGGUGCUUGAUCCAACAAAGCUCGAAAUUAUUUUGACGUUUGCGAAUCAAACUGAAUGGGAAAUCAGUUCAUUAACGAGUGAAAUAAUAGCUUCACGUACAAGUAAUAAUCCAGAAUAUUUCUUACAAAAUAUACAACCCCCUGAGAAUCCAAUGAUUGCUCCACACCAUAAAGUCGAACAAAGAUUUGAAAUUGUUAUAAGAAAACCUUUUUCUUGUAAUGAAGCUCCGAUUGCUAGUAUAUAUUUCAAAUGUGGUGGUAGUAUGAAUACAUUGAAUUUGAAAAUGGGUUUAGGUGUUACUAGUACGUUAAGUACUAAUGGUUCUGUAACAUUAGCUCAAUUUGUUAAGCGUUGGAAAACAUUAAGUGAUGCGAUGGGUAAAGAUGGUGAGUAUCAAUCUAAUGAUAUUUUGGUGAAUCUAUUCGAGAACGAGACUCCUGAUGGUAACCUUAAAAAGCUGAUAAAUAUUUUAAUGAGAAUGGGAUUCGAUAUAGUGGAACAAACUGCUUUAUCACAAACAUUAUUUCUUGCCGGUAUUAUUCAUACUAAGACAGAUGGUAAUUUUGGUUGUUUAUUGAAGUUAUCCUGUUUAGAGACAGGGAAAGUAAAUAUCACUUGUAAAACUACAACAGGCGGACCAUUGGCACAAUAUAUUGUUAAUUGUAUCAUUUUUGCAAUCAACAAAUAA